AUGAAUCGGUUGACAUGGUACCAACCAGGUGAAAGCAUGGAAGACAUUAUUGUACAAAGUGGACAUGUUGGUAUAUUUGAUGGUGAUUUAAAACAGAGCAACUUUGAACAAGGCACAGUUUCGUUAACUCUUCAUCGAAUUAUUUGGGCCGAUUCGAAUGAUCCGGAUUGUCGAUUAAUUCUUCAUCAUUCUUUGGUAACAAAUGUGGAAAAGCAUCAUAAAUCUAUGUUUCGUCGUGGCGGUAAAAUAAUAAUUCAUGUUAUUCCAAAACCAAGAAAUAGUAAUGCUGGUCCAGUUUCCAACUCACCAUUUAAUUAUUUUCGUUUGGUAUUUCGAAAUGGAGGCGAAGAUGAGUUUUAUGAAAAAUAUCGUGACGCAUUGUCACAGCAGACUUGGCAAAGAACUUCUUCUAGUUCAACUCCCAGCUCAGUUGGAUCUCGUAAUAGUGGUGCUACAUUUCCUCGAGCCGUUGGUAUAGGAGCGAUUGAAAAAAGAUUAGCAGAUAGUCAUCACAAAACUCAUGAAAGCAUUAGUCAGGCUUUCGAGGAUAUGAGUCGAUUGAUGGAAUAUGCACGCGAUAUGGUAGCUUUAUCAAAAUGCAUUACAGAAAAAUUGAGGGCAAAACGUGGUGAAAUUGCAGAUGAUGAGACUGUGCGUUUUAAAUCAUAUUUGCUGAGCCUUGGUGUUAGUGAUCCUGUGACUAAAUCGGCAUUCGGAAAUGGUGCAAUAUAUUAUGAAAAACUUGCUGAAGAAUUAGCUACGGUUCUAUUAGAGCCUCUUAAAGAAUGUGGUGGAAUGAUGACUUUGCCAGAUGUAUAUUGUCGCGUAAAUCGUGCUCGUGGUAUUGAACUCCUAUCGCCUGAAGAUCUUCUAAAUGCUUGCCAGGUUCUUGGUCGGUUGAAUUUACCGAUUUCAUUGCAUCAUUUCCAAAGUGGUGUGAUGGUCAUUCAGCUGAAUGAAAUGAGUGUGGAAACAACUGUUGAGAGAAGUGCUGAAUUUGUAAAUGCGGCAGGAAGCUGUACUGCAAAUGAUUUAGCCAAGGCUAUAGGCAUUACAGUCACAUUAGCCAAAGAAAGAUUGUUAGCUGCUGAAGAGCAUGCUUUAUUGUGUCGUGAUGAUUCUAUUGAAGGAUUGGUUUUUUAUCCUAAUCGGUUUUUAACUGUCAAAUAA